AGCACUUAUUAAGACACACCGCACCCGAGGGGAAACAGUCGGUCAGUUCUUGUAGUGCGUUCGGAUCGUUCAAAUUCAAGAAUAGCAUAUCAUUUGGAGAAAAAAAAAAACACUUUAAAAGCACUCGUUGAAUCAUGAAUCUCUGUGUCGUCUUCGCUGUCAUCUGCUCAUUGGUCCUGCUUGCUAGUUCUGCUCCAAACACAUGCUACUCCAGAGUGUUAGGGUUAAGUAAAGCGAUUCAGGGGUCUCUAGUGAGAUACAAAAGGUUUCAACGAACGAGACCCUGCUUGGAGCUGCUGCCCACCAUGUACUUCGACGUGCACAAUUCGUGCCUUUUGCCCAAACUUCGUGAUUUCCUGUAUAUACUGGAAACUUUGACCUACCCUGACUGCAAGAAGCUUCCGAAAGUGAAAAUCUUGACAAACAGAGUUAGAAGCCUCUUUGACAUCAUCAAUAAAAUGUGCUACAGGGAUAUAGAGCAUUACACGGAUGACUGCGAUGCACUAGAAACCGGUGAAAUAACCUACAGGCCAGGACUAGACCAGCUUCAGCUAUAUCAAGAAAGAUGAAAUGUAUUCAGUGUAAGCUGACAUUCCAUGUUGUGUACUUUUGAUGAAACAAAAAGAUCAGUUUACUAAAUUUAGCCUUCAGACUCAGCUGCAGUGCUUCAGUGAAAUUUUCUUUAGAGCUACAGCACGGACCACAGGGAGCUAAGCUUUGUACAGGAAAUUUAACUGAAUUCCUUUCAUAAAUCAUUUGACGUCUUGGAAGGGAACAAAUAUGUCAGUUUUUAUAGGUUUUCUGUUAUUUUUUUU